UAUUUGUGCGUUACCCUCAAUUACGUAAAAAUUAUUGGUUAAUUUAUUAAUAUUACUAAAAUGUGGUAGAUGAUAAACCUUAAAAUAUAAUAAAUGUAAUUAAUUAAUCUAACAAACCAAUAUGCGCAUUUCGUAACGCAAGAUCCCGCGUUAUUUAAUAGACUGCGAAAAUCCACGAUUAGUCGACGCUUAGCGGUCGCAGGUGUAACAUGUCAGUUCUUAUCAACGCCGAUUCUGGACGAGCGCGAACGGUUUGUAACGAAAUAAUUCCGCGGGUAUUUUUAUAUAUGUACCAUUAAUUGCUCAUUAAUUUUUCACAAGUCAUUGUAUCUUUAAAAAGUUCGAAAAAAAUCAGCGUUAUGAAUAACCGCGAUAAAUCAAGAAAGUGCGCGCAUAUGAUUAAACUCUUUAGUUUUCCCCUUUAUCUUCCUCUUUGCAUCUUUUUCGCUGCAUACAUACAUAUAUUAGAAUUAAAGAUUGAUCCAAAAGAUCGGUCUUUAAUGUGUUUUCUUGUUCGAAAGAAUGAUAACGAGUGGAAAUCAUGAUACGUGAUUCAAUUUACUAAUAGAAAAUAUAUUUCUAACGGACUAUUUUCAAAUAUUAGUGCAAAUAUUUGUUUAAGCAACACAUGUUAUAUUUAUAUAAAGAAAGAACCGUUUAUUCUUCAUGAGAUAUGUCUUCGAUAAAUGAAUGUUGUACGAUGUAAAAGAAUUUUAUACGUGUGAUUAUUAUCAAAUGAUAAUUAUAAAUCCUAAAAUAAAGUAAAACUGAAAAAUAAAAUAAAGAUGAAAAAUUGAGAAAGAUAAAUGCCUGAAAAUACAAUCAAAUUUUCUGUUUAAGUUUUUGAGAAGGAGAAGAUACUGGACGAGUUAUUUAUGCGAUCUAUUUUCACGCAAGUUGUGUUACCUUAGUGGCCUAAAAAUAUCAGUGAAAUUUGAUUAGGCACAGCUUGGUGCUGUAUUACCUAUUCGAAUAUCUGGAAUUUUAAAUGACUGCUUGCUGUUACUAUUGCAAUAAUAUUAUAAAAGCAAUUGCUUUAUUAAUUUCUUAAUAAAAGGCUUGAAGGAACAUUACUUUUCAAUUUAUGUUGAUAUUUCGUGAUGGACAAUAGACCAGUUAAUUUAUUUCUACAAAAAAUUGAAGAAAACGCAAGAAAAGUAUUUUCGUCCUUGCCUGAAGAUAAUGGUGGCAAUCGCUCACGCCAAAGAAAUUGUACUCUGGUUAAAAUUAAAGAAGAAGAAACUGGUGAUGAAAUUCAGGAAUAUGCAGCAACUGCAAUGAGUGAAUUAUUAGGAUGGUAUGGCUAUGAUAAAGUGGAUAGUGGCUACACAAAAAGUUUAAACCUGGAUCAUUUUACAUCUAUAUCUAAUGCAAAAAAUCAAGCACUUCAAACUGAUCAAGAUAUUGUUUCAAACAAACUAAGAUUAAAAUCGCCAGUAGUGAAUACAUCUGAUUCAAUUUUUGAAGUUUCCAAUGUACCACUGUCUUAUUCUAAUAACAACUUAAUGUCUGUGAAUAGACAAUUAAUUUCAUCCCCCUUAUCACUAAAACCAGUAUCUUUUGGCACUACAUCUAAAUUUCCAUAUGAAAGUUAUUCAAGUUCUAUUUACUCAGAUAAUAUAUCUUGUUCUUGGUGUGGUAAAAUUGUUCAAAUAUUUGAAUUAGAAAGAUCCAGUUCCUUUUCUUAUAAUAUGAUGGAUGCUUUAGGAUACUUUUGUAGUGAAAAUUGUUUUGCAGCUAGUAGAAGAGCAAUUUUUAAACAAGCAAAAACAUGUGACUGGUGCAGACAUAUACGAAAUCCAAUUAGUUAUGUUGAUCUUCAAGAUGGUAAAAGUCAGCUUCAAUUUUGUAGCAAUAAAUGUUUGAAUCAGUACAAAAUGAAUAUUUUUUGCCAUGAAACACAAACUCAUUUAAUGCUUCAAGGUUUAAAUAAUGUUCCUUUUCAUGAUACAGAGAAGAGUGGUUUAAUAACACCAGAACUAUGGUUUCGAAGUUGUCAAUCACCAUUAAAUAGUCCUGCAGAGAAUACAUAUUUAGUUGAUACACAUUUGACUCAUAGUUUAUCAUCACCGCUUUGUGAGAACAGAUCAAUAGAAACAGAAGAAAUUGGUAAUGAAAAAUCAGUAGAUCCACAUAAAAAAUGGCCCAGUAAAAUCAAUUCAGUGUGCACAAAGAAAUGUACAAAAUCCAAUAAUUGCAAUGAACAUAAAAAGAAUUUUUAUACAGAAAUUAAUGAACAUGAUAAAGAGCAAUCUUUAGUAAAUGAGAAAAGCAAAUGUUGCCAUUCCAUGAUUAAUCAAACAAAUUGUAAAGAAAAUUAUUUAAGAAAAAAUGAUUUGAAUUGUAAGGACUUCAAACAGGAAUAUGCGAUGGAUACCAUGAAUAAUUCACAUAGCCCUAAAGAUAGCAACACAUAUUUAGAAAGGAACAUACAUGUAAAAGACAUAAGAAAUUUACAAGAAAAAGGAUAUAACACUCCAACAGAAAAUAUAUUACAAUCAUCAUCUUGGUUUUCAAACUCAACUACACCUACAAUGCAUCAUGAAAUUCCAUCUUUGUCUAAAUCUUGCAUAAAUGAACCUAACCAAAUAAGAUAUCAGAAUCAGACCAAUGUAUUUUCAAGAACUUCAUCAGUUAAACAAUCCAAUCCAACUGAAUUAUUUCAUUCAUUACCUCCUACAACACUUCUGCCCCCUGUUACAGUUCUUGUACCAUAUCCUCUACCUAUACCUAUACCAAUUCCCAUACCUAUUCCAGUUCCUAUAUCAACACCAAUUUUUAGUAAAUUAGUGACUGAUAAAGAAGAUUCCAUAAAUAUAAAAGAUUCAAAUUGUAAAAAUGUGAAAUGUAAAAAUUCAAUAGAAAAUAAAUAUUCCGUUUUUGAUAAGCCACAGAUUAAAACAACAAACUUAUCAACAGCAGAAGAUUCACAGCAAGUAAAAUUAGAUAAGUUUUCUUUUUCAUCAUCAACUUUGAAAACUAAUACUGAAAUCAAUGAUACUUCACACCAGUUACAACAGAAUAAAAAACUUUUAAGGAAAAGAAAACGCUCAAAUAAAAUCAUUAAUCAUGAACAUGAAAAAAUUCAGUUAAAAAAAAGGAAUAACUUUAUAGCAACUUAAAAGACAAUUUAUAAAAAGAUAUUUUUUAAUAAAAUGUAUAUAUUAUACAGAAUAUUUUUUAUUUAUAAUUAAUAACUUUAAAACAAUAUAAGUAAUCACAUUAGUAGAUAAAAAUUCUUUUUUCACUGAUUGUAGUAAUUU